AUGAACGAAUCGCAAUAUUACCGCCAGAUCGCGCCGGGCCCGUCGCCGACGUCUGAAGAAGCGCCUAGUCUGCCGAGCCCGUCUGGGGAGUCUAGAUCAAGCAUUGCUUAUAGUGCUGGGAGUACUGUUGGGGGUCCUAGUUCUAGUGGAGGAGGGUAUGGACAAGCACCGACGAGUGGUGGGAGUGGCCGUGGGAGUGGGAGCGGGGGGAAUAGUCAGUGGAAGAAGAGGGUGUCAACGGCUUGUUUGGCUUGUAAGAAGUCGAAAAGAAAGUGCUCUGGAACAGCGCCGUGUGAUAACUGCCGAGCGUUUAACCGGGUUUGUGUGUUUGAUGAAUCGCUCGACCAGAGACGACGGGUCGCUGCGAAACGCACGGCUGAUGAAUUGACGUAUCACCGCGACCUUCUGAACGACCUGUUCAAGUUGAUUCGUGCCGCGGACGAAUCGCACGCCCUCAAACUCCUCGAAAUCAUCCGCAAAGAUGCCUCAGCCGAAGAAAUCAGAACCUACAUCGACGAAACCCUAGCCGGCCUCGACAGCACAAGCUCACAUUCCAAAGAAAACAACAAAGAAAUGGUCAACAAACUCGAAGAUGUACGACAGAUGCUCAACGUCGAAGGCACGAGUCCCUCGUUCCGGCGAAAGGUUAUGGAUAUACACUUUCUGUGCGAUGAGGCGCCGUGCAAGGUUCCUGCGAAGCCGUGGACGACUGUGACUGAGGACGAUGAUCUGGUAUCGCAUUUGAUAUCGUUGUAUUUCACGUGGGAUUAUCCGUUCUAUUCAUUUUUAGACCGGGAUGUGUUUUUGAGGCACAUGGCGCUGGGGAAUUUGGACUCGGAGUUUUGUAGUCCGUUUUUGGUGAAUGCGAUUUUGGCGAAUGCUUGUCAUUUCUCGGAAUUCACAGAAGCAUAUGUCGUGCCCGGGGAUAUCCUGACCAAAGGAGCGGAUUUCCUUGCUGAAGCUGAGCGGUUGAGGCAGCAAGAGACGGCGAAGAUUGGGCUGUGCUCGUUACAGGGCACGCUUUGUUUAUAUGAGAGGUAUGCGCUUUCGGAAGAUGAUGAUUUGGGCUACUUGAUGCUGCACCAGGCCAUUCGAGCUGGUGAAACACUCGGGUUGAUUGGAGAUAAAAGAGCCAAGAUAAUUCCCGAGCAGCUUUCCUUUGAUAUGGAUACCUCUCUCAAGCGGACUGCUUGGGGGUUAUUCCAUGUUGAUACUGUAAUCCACACUAGCUUCCUACGACCAAGUCUAGUCGCCAAAGUCAACAUGAACCGAAUGGACCGCAAUGCAUCUACUGAUAACGAUCUUUGGAUUCCAUAUCCUUCGCAUCGUAACGCCAGGCCAGCGUACCUGAGCCAGUACUUUGAUGAGGCAUGUAAUCUUAGCGAGAUUGCACUGGAUAUUUCGAAGGAACUGUUCUCGGAGGAUAGGAGCGAGACUUCGGCUUCGCAGCGUCGUCAGGUGAAGGGGGAUUUGUAUGAACGGUUAAAAAGGUGGCAUAAUGCUUUGCCGGGUAUUUUUGGGCCGGAGACGAAACCGCCGCCUUAUAUUAUUCUUCUCAGAAUGAGAUACUACGCCCUGGUCAUCAACGUAUUCUGCAAUGCAGACGACGACAUCUCCAGCACUACAUCUGACGCCCCCAAAACCCCAGAAAGCGAGCCGCGCCAGAGCCCGACAAGCAAAUACGACGCCUGGGAAGUCACACAGUCUGCUGCCCGUGGCAUCGCAAGCCUUGCGCGUAUACAUCGACGUGAAUACGGUAUGACCCGCGCGCACUACUUUGCCAUGUACGCCAUCAACCUGGCGCUCUUCACCAUGCUCGAAUCCGAAUCUUUCGACAUUCUAGACCCCGACUUCCUUUCUCUCUCCAGUGCAUUCUCUGUAAUUGCAAGCCGCUCGCGCCUCGGCCGCAAUCUGUUUCAUAUCUUCCGGCAAUCGGUACGAUCCAAAUCGCAAGGGAAACGCAUCCGUGAGUCUAGCGUUUCCGAAGAGUUGAAAGAACUAUUCGACGAAGACGUCAUCGCAAAGGGACAAAACUGGUUUGAUGACUAUGCCAGGGGUCUUGAGAAAUUAAACCAAGAUGAGCGGUACAGUGGGCUUGGGAAUGGGAGUCAUGACGGCGAAGAUCUGCAGGAGUAUCCGGGGCUAGGGCUUUUUGAUAUGCUGGAUCGGUAUGAGAGCUUGAGUCUAGGGAAGGAUGAGGUUGCGAGUGAGAGGACUACUUGUAAGCAGGAGGAGUGGUAA